GAGCCUUCCCCGCGGCUCCUGCCGAGCCUGGAGCAUCCUUCCCCCGGCAGCCGGGCUGGCACCGGCACCGACACGGGCACCGGCGCCGACACGGGCACCGGCACCGGGAUCAGCAUCGGCACCGGCGCCGACACGGGCAUCGCACCGGCACUGACACCGUGAUCAGCAUCGGCACCGGCAUCGACAUCUCCUUCAUCCCCGGCAGCGGCAGCAGCAUCACCGCCGGCACCGGCAUCACCAUCGGCACCGGCACCGGCAGCAGCAUCGGCACCGGCACCGGCAGCAGCAGCACCUUCGGUGUCACCAUCACCGCCGGCCUCGGCACCGGGAUCGCCGCCGGCACCAGCCUUGUUCACCCCUCCCGUGCACACAGCACCUGCGCCCAAGGACCUUGGCUCGUCCUCCCUGCAGUGAUCUCCAGCAGGGAUUCCCAGUGAUCUCCAGCAGAGAUUCCCAGUGAUCUCCAGCAGGGAUUCCCAGUGAUCUCCAGCAGAGAUUCCCAGUGAUCUCCAGCAGAGAUUCCCAGUGAUCUCCAGCAGGAAUUCCCAGCGAUCUCCACCAGAGAUUCCCAGUGAUCUCCAGCAGAGAUUCCCAGUGAUCUCCAGCAGGAAUUCCCAGUGAUCUCCAGCAGAGAUUCCCAGUGAUCUCCAGCAGGAAUUCCCAGUGAUCUCCACCAGAGAUUCCCAGUGAUCUCCAGCAGGGAUUCCCAGUGAUCUCCAGCAGGAAUUCCCAGUGAUCUCCAGCAGAGAUUCCCAGUGAUCUCCAGCAGAGAUUCCCAGUGAUCUCCAGCAGGAAUUCCCAGUGAUCUCCAGCAGAGAUUCCCAGUGAUCUCCAGCAGGAAUUCCCAGUGAUCUCCGUCAGGAAUUCCCAGCGGCACACCGGUCGGAGCCUGAGGGGACCCAUCCGGGGCCGAUCCCUGUCCCCUGUGGUGCCACGGGGCAGACGCGGUGCCAGGCCAGGCUGGAGGGUGCCCGGGUUAGCAUGACCGAGGUGGAACCCGUGCUGGACUUCGCAUCCUCCGGCAGGACGGGCCGGCGCAAUGCCCUGCCCGACAUCCUGGGCUCGCCCGCCGGAGUCAGCCCCGCCGACCUGCCCCUCAAACUGGCCGAGAUGUCCCUGAGCGCAGGCAGUGCCCAGGACAUGCAGUCGCCCUCAGCGGAGGUGCCCUCUCCGCAGCCGCCCAGCCCCGAGCUGAAGGACACGUCCUAACCCCGCCGUGGGGACGCUUGUGAGCGGCGGAGGAAGGAGGAGGCUGCGGAGCACCAGCCCGGCGUUCCUGGCGCAGCCGGAGCCCGCUGGGAUUUCCUCGGUGCUGCCGCAGCGAGACCCUGGAGCGGCCCCCGGCCAUGGGGGAGCGACGCGCGGCGGGGACGUGGCGGGGACACGGAGGGGACCCGCCGUGACCGAGGGGCGAUUCCCACGCACGCCCUGGGCCAGGACUCGGGGGGGGGGGAGGAAUUAUUUUGCCUCCCCGGGGGGAGGAAUAUUUUUCUUCUUGGGGCAUUUGGCGGAGCCGAGCGCGGGGGGGU